AUGAUGAAUCGUUUGGUAACAUUGCUGUUUGCUGUGUGUGUAAUCUAUUCUGUACAAGGUUCCGUGGACAAGCUUUUGAAGGUACAUGUAUGCACUCAAUGUACUACUUUCGUCUGUUCACGAGCAAACGUAUAAGAAAGCGUUGUGUCAUUACCUAACAGAAAUUUCCCUUAUUCAGAUUAAAAGAGAAGCGUUGCUGAGUUCAAGGUUAUCACAAGGUGAGAAAGAUCACGACGCAUUUGAUAUCGUGCGCGAUUGCGCGUUCAUUUUUGCAUGAAUUGCGUUAGCAUGAAUAUUGAAUUCAUCAUUUCAAAAUCAAGUUUAGCGAAAAUUUUAAGCCAGUUUCAUCUUAGAUUAUAAACACCUUAUGAGAUGAACGAUUAUUAUUUUGCACUAGGGAAAACAAAUAUUAGUACGAUUCCAAAAGGCAAAACUUUUUUAACCGAUGUUUAAACUGAUGUUUGUUGUUUUAGAUACGACGAGCGAUGUUCACAGUAGAGCGCGACGUUCAUCAAAAAGUAGCUAUCUCUUUUUUGACAACAGGAGUGGACGCACAGUUCAGGUAUCAAAAUAAAUCAAAGUAAAGCUGAGCCAUCAGAGACGUAGCGAAGCAUCUGAAGUUGGGGGCGGAGGAUUUUACCUAAAAUUUGAACUUCAAUGUUAAAAAUUUACCUGAAGUAUAAUAAUUAUAAUAUUGACUUCCACUGUCGAUAAGUUUCCGAAAAAAAAGGGGGGGAUCCUCCCCCAGGCCACUGCAUUGCGCAUUUCUGGUGUUUGCAUUGCGCGUUUCUGGCGUUUUCUAAAGCUAAUUCGCAAACGAAUUGGAUCUAAAUUGACUGUAUUUUACAAAAAUGGUUAUCAUUUCACGUCCCUGAAAGCCAUAGUUGCCCCCAUAGGAAUACUGCCGACUGCGUAGAUGGGUUUCGUUUACCAAACGGCGCGAACAGAAGGCCGAAUUAAUGUUCAAAGCGUUCAAAUGACUGACCGGCUAAAAGAGAGUUAUCUCGGAGAGUUACUGUAUACUCAAGCCAUUCAAAGCUGGAUUAGCUAACCCCAGCAUUCGCUGUUAACUCACGCUUAAUGAAACACACCAUUAAUGAAAGGUAUGCUCUAAAUUUUUGUACAAUUUACUUGUAAUCACAGUCUCACUAUGAGAUAAGCCAAAAAUGAACGCAAUAUAAACGACCAAAAACGCAAUACGUGUAAUUUCGGCGUGUGCGCAUUUACGCACAUCGAAACUGAACGGAGAUAAUCCUACGAGCUCGCGUAUGGCAAAUGAAACAGGAAAACUUUUCAUACGGAUUCCCCUAGCUGUACCUUAAUACUUUCCCAACAAUGAAUGGUUGUACUAAAUAAUAGUAACAAAAUAUUUGCAAAUAUCUUGACAGUUGUGGGGGCGCCGUGGAAAACAGUGGCAAAAAUUUGUACAACUUGGAGCGCAUAAAACAAUUCAAAUAAAUACGUUUGUUAGCGACAAGUGGAGAGCAACGGACGCGGAAACGAAUGAAGUUUUUGUGAUAAAUAGUAAAAAGAAAUACAGACCUAAAGUCAACACAAAAGACACCAGAGCUGUCUGUAUCAUAAAACGAAAAGGUUAGAAGAUUAUCUGUUUUAUUUUCAGUAUUACUUCAAGUCAUAUUGCAUCCAAUUCACAGACACAUGUAUAAUUUAAAUGCUUGGUUACCUUUGUUCCAUUCUAUGCUUACAUUAUCAGAACAGUGGUAACUAGGCAUGUGAGUUAUCAAUUCACUCAUAUAUAACAAAAUGGGACUAAACUGCUAUUAAUGGCAUAAAAACACAACACAAAAACAACAUAAAAAACUUUCAAUUCUUUGUCCUAUAUUAAUUUCGUCUUUCGUCUUUUUCAGGUCAAAGAAACACGGAUAUAAAAGCGUACAUAGAGACGUUAGUAGUCUUGGAUAAAACUGUGCGAGAUCAGUUUGAUAGCGACAGUGAAGCUGAAAAAUAUGUUGAAGUCUUACUCAUGUUGGUAAGUCAAUGAACAUUCUUCGGUAUGAAAGCUCUUGCAUCAUUUUCCAUAAUCCUCUUCAUCACGCCUUCUUAUACUUCGUCUCCCUUGUGAUGUUUUUGAUCUUAGAUACUCUUAAACGUCUUAGCAAACGUUUCUCUUCUUUUUAUUUUUAGUCUUCAAAUGCAUAUAAACACGAAUCUUUAACCCAGCAUGGACUCAAAAUUGAUAUAGUUCCUUCGGAAAUAGUGAUUCUAAAGGUAUGCGUAAAUCAAUUGCAUAUUUAAGCAACACAGCUUUUGUUUAGGUACUCCAAAUUCCUCCUGUACUGCUGUAGUAACACUGGAUCAAAAAGAGAUGGUCCUUGCUGGCUCUCUAGGAAGAACAGUUUAGAACUGAUAGAGCUAUCCAGUAUAAAUAAAGUUAGUUUAGUUUAGGUUUCCUCCUGUAGUAACACUGGAUCAAUAAGAGAUGAUCCUUACUGGAUCUCUAGGAAGAACAGUUUAGAACUGAUAGAGCUAUCCAGUAUAAAUAAAAUUAGUUUAGUUUAGGUUUCCUCCUGUAGUAACACUGGAUCAAUAAGAGAUGAUCCUUACUGGACCUCUAGGAAGAACAGUUUAGAACUGAUAGAGCUAUCCAGUAUAAAUAAAGUUGGUUUAGUUUAGGUUUCCUCCUGUAGUAACACUGGAUCAAUAAGAGAUGAUCCUUACUGGACCUCUAGGAAGAACAGUUCAGAACUGAUAGAGCUAUCCAGUAUAAAUAAAGUUAGUUUAGUGUAGGUUUCCUCUUGUAGUAACACUGGAUCAAUAAGAAAUUAUCCUUACUGGACUGCUAGGAAGAACAGUUUAGAACUGAUGGAAGCUAUCCAGUAUAAAUAAAGUUAGUUUAGUUUAGGUUCCUCCUGUAGUAACACUGGAUCAAUAAGAGAUGAUCCUUACUGGACCUCUAGGAAGAACAGUUUAGAACUGAUAGAGCUAUCCAGUAUAAAUAAAGUUAGUUUAGUUUAGGUUUCCUCCUGUAGUAACACUGGAUCAAUAAGAGAUGAUUCUUACUGGACUGUAGGAAGUAGUAGUUUAGCACUAAAUUUAUAAUAAUUUAUAACUACUUUUUUCAGCAUGAAGUAAAGUUUGAUAUCUCUAAGAAACGCGAUAAUCUUUACACUGCAUGUGAUGUCAUGAAUAAACAAGAAAAGGUUAUUGGUUCCAAAAAAUUUGAUCAUAAAUUAUUCCUGACAAGGUAAGAUCUUGUGAUCUCUUGUUCCACAAUGUUGUAUAAAUGUGCUUUAACCGAUGGUAUUAAACUGACGAGAAGACAAUGAAUUAAUUCAAAUAUUUUAUUAUUUUUUACAGGAAUCAAUUUGGAGCAGCAGGUAGGAACCUUUCAACUAUUUACGAAAAAAACCCCGAUAAAAUUCAAACCAUUACACCAAAAUAAAUUUCUGGUUUUUAUCGACAUAUUACCUGUCUUAUUCUUUCAACACAGUCUUGAUUGCAAUAGAAAUAAAGGACCUAAGUUAAAACAUUAAAAAACCUAGUAUAUACAAAUAAUAACACAGCUUCUUCGGUGAUACGCCAUAUUGUUUAUUGCGUAUUUCUUAGUUCAGCCGCAGAAAUGAAGGAAAUGAGAUUCAUCUAACAAAAAGUUCCUGUAUUUUUAGGUUUUGCAAGACGUGAGACAAUGUGCAGUCGUUAUAGCAGUUGUUCCAUCGUGUUUGAUCAUGGAUUCCAUGCAGCAUAUAUGGUUGCACAUGAAAUUGGUCACUCGUAAGUUACUUCUAUCAGUUCAUAGUUUUUCAAGAUUAUUACCAAGAAGGGUCAUUCCUUACUGCUGCAGUGUUACUACAGGAGGAGUAGCACCAUACAACCAAACACUAAUACACAUUAAAUAUAUAUAGUUGAAACGAUAGAGCAUAGUGUAUAAUAAGUUUAUGCAACUGUUGUUAAUUUAGGCUUGGUUUAUUAGAUGGAAAUUUCCCGCAAUAUUCGCGUUACAUUAUGAACGGUAUCGUGGACUCUCUCUUCAACAGUCACCGCUGGUCAACCGAAAGUCAGCGGACAAUGCUCAGCAAUAUAAGGUGGGACAUUGUAAUAGAUUUUCCUAAAGCUCUAGUAUGGGAUCAUCAAAGGUAUUUUAGACUGCAUGAAGGACCAUUUUAAACCGCAGAAUCCUAACAAACCUAACCAAAACUAGUUUUAUUUAUAGCUUUGCGUAAGUUGUGGAUAGCUUUAUCAGUUUUAACAGUUGUUCUUCCUAGAGGUCCAGUUAGAGCCAUCUCUUAUUGAUCCAGUGUUACUACAGGAGGAAACCUAAACUAAACUAACUUUAUUUAUACUGGAUAGCUCUAUCAGUUCUAAACUAUUCUUCCUAGAGGUCCAGUAAGGAUCAUCUCUUAUUGAUCCAGUGUUACUACAGGAAGAAACCUAAACUAAACUAACUUUAUUUAUACUGGAUAGUUCUAUCAGUUCUAAACUGUUCUUCCUAGAGGUCCAGUAAGGAUCAUCUCUUAUUGAUCCAGUGUUACUACAGGAGGAAAUCUAAACUAAAUUAACUUUAUUUAUACUGGAUAGCUGUAUCAGUUCUAAACUGUUCUUCCUAGAGGUCCAGUAAGGAUCAUCUUUGAUUGAUCCAGUGUUACUACAGGAGAAAACCUAAACUAAAAUAACUUUAUUUAUACUGGAUAGCUCUAUCAGUUCUAAACUGUUCUUCCUAGAGGUCCAGUGAUGGUCAUCUCUUAUUGAUCCAUUUUUUCUACAGGAGGAAACCUAAACUAAACUAACUUUAUUUAUACUGUAUAGUUCUAUCAGUUCUCUAAAACAAGUUUUGAUGUUUUCAUUUCGUUUUAUAGAAAGUACGAUUAUUGUCUUGGUAAUGAAGCAAGCGCGGAAAAUAACUAUCCGUAUCCUGGCGAGUAUUUCUCGUUUGAAAAACAAUGCGAGUUGGAAUUCAAUGCCACGUACACAGCAUGGAAACCGUCACGAUGGGAGGUAUGUUGCUCACGUGAUACCUAUCAUAUUACACAAUCAGACCAUGAUUAAACUAACGUCCGAAUGUCUUAUAUUUCAAGCCUGGAGAACCAUGUGCAAAAUUAAGAUGCAGAAUGCCAGGUAGAUGGUCAUUUCUCACCAGGACAUCUGGCUCUCCUGCUCUCGACGGAACCGAAUGUGGUGAAAACAAG